AUGGUUAAUUGCUUAUAUUGCUGCGAAAUUGAGCCGGAUCUAGACCCCGAUGGUACUCCGAGUGAAUAUUGUGGUGAUGAAUGUCGUCGUAAAGCAUUGAAAACCGGCUUUCUAACACCAUGCGUGCAAUGCAAAGAAUUUCCUUGUGCUAAAUACAGUCAGUUUUGUGGAUGGUCUGUAUGUAGAAAUAUUCCAACAUGUAUCAAGUGUAAGAAAAAGAAAGUGAGAGACAUAAAUUCUUCAUGGUGCUCUAAAAAGUGUAGAGAUGAUACACCAAAUUGGAAAAUGAUGAUUAAGAGUGAUGAACCUUGUUUAGAAUGUCGACAAGAAUAUCCACUUAACGGCAAAGAUUUUUGUAGAAGAGAAUCACCCUGUAUAUACAAACUUUCAAAUGAAGGACGAAAGUUUAAGGAUAUUUCUAAUCAAUUUUCAUCCUCGUGGAAACAUAAGAAUAAACCAAUUCCUAAUGUAUAUGCUGUUUAUAAAAUAUUUCCAAACCAAGAUCUUGUAACAAAAUACAAUGAUUAUCGAAAUUAUGUUGAAAAAAGACGCGGUUUUGGAUAUAAAGGAAGGUCAUUUCCCAAAGGUGAUGAAAAUCGAACAAUGACGCGAGGAAAUGAGCAAAGAAGAUUUCAUGGAACUAGGAUGAAAUGUUUUCUAGGGAUAAAAACAGAUACAUUAUGUUCAAAUCCUGAAUGUUCAAUAUGUGGCAUUAUUGUAAAUGGAUUCAAACUCUCUUACGAAGGACCGAGAAGUUUUCCUUGGCAAAAAUUUGGGCAAGGAAUUUAUUUUUCUGGUACUUCAUCAAAAUCAGACUACUUCAGUAAAGAUACAAAAUUACACAACUCUAAAAAGUAUAAAGCAAUGCUUCUCAAUAAGGUAAUAGUAGGAAGGGCUUUUGAAAUGCUAGAAGAAGACAAAAAUAUGGAAGGAUCACCAGCUAAUUAUGAUAGUGUUGUUGGGGAGUCCGGUGAAAAAUUGAAUCAUGAUGAAUUGGUAGUUUAUAAAGAAUGCGCUUGUUUACCUCGAUAUUUGAUCAUUUAUGAGAAGUCAGACAAAUCUAACAAAAAUAUAUAA